GUCUUUUAUACUUAGUAUUGGAUCACUCCUCGGCGUUGAGAGGUUUACGCUUUCCGAAUUCAAUGAGGACCAAACAGUGGCCAUCAAACCAGCCCAUUCCAACGAUCUCAUUGACGGUUACAAUCUUAUAAGUUGGCGCGACUAUGGUGGAUAUCAGAGUACAACAGACAGCUUUCUAUCUGACAAUAUUAGGGUUGGCAAAAUAUCUCGUGUGGAAAACAAGAAACAUGCGGUCGUAUGGCAUAGCGACUGCCGGCCUGAAUUGGAAUGA